UUAAAUAUGAAAACACAAUCACCGGCUGAACUUGGGCUGAAACAAGGCUGAAAACUGAGAGCUUGGGGGUGGUGUAAAUAAGGUUAUUUAUUAAUACCACGGUUGAUCGGUUGAUCAUUGAUCACCUGAGGCUUGAUCGUCCACAAAAUAUCAAGUUAUAUCCACUUAUAAAAGAAUAUGGCAUCACUGAAUGAUGUUGUAAAAAUUCAUCAGAGUCUGGUCAAGGAAUGGUCAUCAAAAUCAAGGAAUCUACAGAAAUGUGAGGAUCUUCUUACCAAAGCAAAGCUGGCGAUGAUUUCUCUCACCUUCCUGCCGACCUCGCACUCGGAGGCCACCAAGCAGGAGCUCAUCAUCGCCAGAGACGUGCUGGAGAUCGGAGUCCAGUGCGCCGUCGAACGGCAGGACAUCCCGGCCUUCGAGCGGUAUAUGGCGCAACUCAAGUGCUACUACAAUGACUACAAGGGCUCCCAGCUGCCGGAGUCGGCCUACCAGCUGCAGCUGCUCGGGCUGAACCUGCUGGCGCUGCUCGCACAGAACCGGGUGGGAGAGUUCCACACCGAGCUGGAGCUGCUGCCGCCCGACGCCAUCCACAACAACGUCUACAUCAAGUACCCCGUGGCGCUGGAACAGUACCUCAUGGAGGGCAGCUAUAACAAGAUUUUCCUGGCCAAGAGCAGCGUGCCGGCGGUACACUACCGAUUCUUCGUGGACCUGCUGCUGGCCACCAUCCGUGAGGAGAUCGGCGCCUGCAUGGAGAAGGCCUACGAGCGCAUGUCGGCAGACGAGGUGGUCCGCAUGCUGGGGCUCGCCAGCAAGGCCGACCUGCCCGCCUUUGUCACCAAGCGUGGCUGGACCUCAGACACCCAGGGCUACGUGCUCUUCCCCCGGGAGAAGAAGGUGCACCACGAGGAGGGCGUCGCCUCGCUGGAGCUCACCGAACAGACCAUCGAGUACGCCCGGGAGCUGGAGAUGAUCGUAUGAUCGCGGCGCGCCGCUAUAACUGUGUCCUUACAUGACCCGCUCGCCGGCGGCCGGGAGCUCUCCGGAGCCGGCGUCUGCCCUGUGGAGGGGCUGACGCCGGGCGGCUCUGUCGCCGGUCCGUGUUCUGAACUCUCCGGUAAUGUGCCGUCGGCGCGGCCGCCCCGCUCCCAGUGAGUUGUGUCCGCGGGACGGACAGGUCGCGCCGCGCUCGUUGGGUGCCCGUUUUUUGGAGGCGCCGCGUGCGGCUCACUAUCUGCUACUAGGCCAAUACAUACCGUUCCGAUCGUG